CAGUGAGGUAUGAGCGAGCGACAAGAGGGAGGGAGGGUGGAGAGAGAGGGAGAGGAUAAGAGGGGAGGGAGGGAGGCUACGAGUCCAUGCGGUGGAUUCACGCAGACACUCAACACAAGUCUCUCCUGCACGCACACACACACGCACACGCGCGUACACGUUAUUAGGCGUCUGCUGGGAUUCUGCAUUGGUCGCCAUCAGCACAGGUCAUUCAUUCCGCAACAAAGGGUGCCAAAGCAGCCUCGGGGAGAACAACAUGUGACCGUUUCGCAGAACACUGACGACAUCAUGCCUCGCCUCCGCCGGACCUUGGCUCUGGGCUUGUGGUGUUGGUGUCUCCUCCUGGCGCACCAGCCGGCCUCAGCGGACGAAGAGGCCCCUUGGGGUUGGACGCCUUCAACGAGAGAGAAGCCGCCUCAGAAGAAGUCUUACUGGUGGACCCCGACGCUGCCCAAGCUGCCGUCGCUUCCUUCGCUGCUGUUCAGUCUGCCAUUUUAUCCCUCGGAGGGUAAAGCCAAGGCCUCUGAGUCGGCCACAAGUGCCAAAGGUCUGUUGGAGCCAAUCGAACACUCGGGAUCGGGAGAUGGGGGUCUUUCCGAAGCCUCUGACCCUCCCACCGCUUCCACACGGAGGUUCCCGACCAGCGUGACAAAGAUAAGAACUGAAACGCUUCCCACAGGAACAUCACAUCUUCCACACAAUGACACCCUUGUUGCAGACUCCAACUCUCCCACACAUAUCAGAAAUGCUCCCCUCACCAGAAGUCCCACCAGCACAAGCACGCCGGAGCAAAAUGGGACACACGCGGCAGAAUUUGUCCCUAAGAUCUCUGCAACGUUAAUGCCAGAAACCACACUUCCUACUGUGGGUCCAUCCAAAGAGGUCCGAACCACAACAAUAAACCCAGGAAUGGGAAUCACUCAACCUUUAGGACCCCCUGAGACAACACCUCACCUCACACAGAGCGUGAUGGGUGCUGCAGCGGAACCACCAGGGUUGAUCACCACCGCCGUUUUCGCCACCACCACAGGACCCGAUCACAAAUGGGUGGAAAGUGGAAAGGUUAACGCCCGAACAACAGGAGCCGAGGCGCAUGAGGAAGGUGCCGCAGACGCUGACGGACGCACAACGGAUGAUUCAGCGCCGAGGAUGCUAACCACGUCUUCGCCAGAGAAAACAGGAACCACAACAGGAAGUCCACAAAAUCUUCAAACAAAAGAAAACUGGAUGCCAACCCAGCAGGGGGGCUCAGUCAUCUUACUUCCAGACCGCAACAAAGAACAAAACACGACCUCCAACAUCUCUGACGACUUGGCAUCGAUGACAUCAUCGGACAUGAAGCCCGUAGAAAACGGCACAGCCACGAACAAGUCCAACAGCCCUGCGAUGGUCCCGCCUCCUCUCAUGUUGGUUCCACUGUACACUGAUUGGAACAGCGCGGUGGCAGCCUGGGGCCUGGCCUGGGAGGCGCAUGUUUACGGUGCCGGCUGCGUCUUUGCGAUGCUGACACUGGCCUCGGCGCUCAAUCUGCUCUGCUUGCCUCUGCGCUGUCCAUCUGGCUGCGGCUACUUUGCUCUGGUCAGCCUGUUUCUACUUGCCGCAGGUUGUACUAGAUCUUUCACGCUCCUGUACGACGCCUACGGCCACCAGGACCGCUUGCCCUCCGGCGAGGCCUCACUGAUGCUCUAUGAGGCGCCGUUUCCCUGCCUGACGGCAGCUUUCGGCUUGGUUUUCCUUCUGCUCUCCAUGCGCUCCAGAAUGCAGCUCUCCUACUCGGCCUUCCAAAGACCAUGUUUCCUAGCCUGCUUGGUCUCCCUGCACUUCGCUACUGCAUUCGGUCCGAUGACUUUACUGAAGUUCUACCAACAGAAACCUGCACUCGGGCUCUUCCUUUCACUCAUCUCCCGUGGAGCCUUUGUCGCCCUCGCCACAUUCCUAUCUGCUGCCUAUUUUGUGUUCUAUGCCUACGUGCGUGCAGACUCCAAGCACAUCUACCACCUGAACAACACAUCUCCAACCCCGGCUGAGAGAUACAACCGCUGUCCUUUCGCAGACAGCAGAGACUGGGAUCGUGCAGCCGUAACGGUUUGUCUUUCAGCGCUGUUUUGUUUAGCCUGCGCAGGCCUGCAGCUGUAUGCAAUGCUCAACGCGCUAGGUGUCGCCGGGGGAGAAGAGGUCUUCCACCCUUGGUGCUGGUGGGCUUUUCAGUUCAGCUGCAGGCUCUGUGAACUGGGCGUUUGCCUCACCUUGGCUCUGGUGGUGGCACAACCAGUCUACUGCUCUGACCAGCUCCCGUCUCCUGGAAGCUGUUGGACAGAACUGCUGGCAUCUAAAGCUCCCAUCCUGCCUGGAAACUACCAGUGGAGCUUGAGCCAGCAGGAAAAGCUCGCCAUUGUUGACACCGUUGGACUCGGAGAGACAGAGAGCCUUCCUCUUUACACGCUCAUGGAUGAGAGGCUCACUAGCAGUCUGAACGGGCUGGACUUCCUGUACCACAGCAACCGGGCAUUGGCCUACAGAGAUCUUGAUGUAGAUCUGGACUUAAAGGGCUCACAGAAACUUGCCAACGGAGACGGUGAGGAACCUUCUCGUGCAUCCUCCUUCACAAGUGACUCCACCACAGACCUGAGGCCACCGUCACCCAUCAAUCUCCGUCGCAGCAUAGAUGAAGCCCUCUUUAGCGAGGCUCUCUUUCCCAUGAGCUUAUUCAGCACUGCCAGGCCCAUUCAGGGCAGCGACCUAUCCAUACACAACCACUGUGCCCCUCCCACCCUCUGUGAUUCUGGUCUUUAUCGGACUUCCUCUUGUGCAGACAUAACCUCCAAAGUGAACACUAAAUCCCAAGACAUUGCAGCUGGCGCUGCUCCAUCUCCAUCCCUGUCUUCUUCCAGCUGCUCAUCUCCGGAGCGCUGGAGGGCCAGCUCUUCCUCCAGCUCCCCGUACCGAGCGUCCAUCGGGGACUCGUCACUGGUGCUCUGCCCGAGCCCAGAGACUCAUGCUCGGCAGAUCCUCCAGCAGGGGGACCUGCAGAGGCACUACCAAACACUGGGCGCCGCCUCAGAGGAGAGCCUGGACCUAGACAUGUCAUCUGAGGCGGAUCGAUCGGUGCAGGAGGAGUUCAUCAGUGUUUGCAGACAGAUCGACGCGCUGAGUAUUUGCAGCGAGACCAUCGAUUUGUGACAGUCUGGUCCGUCAGAGACUUGAGAGAGCGAGACACAAUGACAGCUUUACAGGUGCCUGGUGGCUAAAACUGCCGAAACAAAAUGUUUGCUAGGUUUUUAGUCUUUAGUGCAUGUCUUGUGGGUACUGUACCAAGUACUUCUGGAAACCAAAUUUGUAAAUUUGACACAUAGUUGAAAUUUAACCAGUAGACAGCUCAUUUCUUAAAUAUUUUAAUCGCAUUUAAACACUAAGACAUACAGGUGGCCCUCGCGAUGUCGCAGUUUUUCAGAAAUUAAUAAAGGAUGACUGCUUUGUGGCAGACUGUUGUCUAUUAUGAGUCCAAAUUUAUGGAAAUACAAGUGAUAUGUAGCACUGUGGUCACUAGGCGGCAGUAUGACACAAAACAUUGAGACAUUACCUGAUAGUUCAUUACCUUAACACUGCAUGAGGUUAUGAAGUCAGCCAAGGCAUGCUUUUUUCAUUCUGUGUGGAAGUGGCACGUUUUUGGCUUUGUAAACUGACAAGAAAUAAAUUUGAGGCUAACUGGUUAGCGUGCUAGCUAGCUAGUCCCUGCAGAUGCGAUGUAAACAAAGAAUAACAGGAGUGCCAAGGAGACUGUAGGGGUUUUAUUUAAUGUCUACAGGGCUGUAAUCAAGUUAAAAAGGUAUUUAGAAACUCAAACAGGUUUUCUAUGCUCCAACUACAAAAAUAUUGCAUUUUAAGGUUGAAUCCUAGAUCCUAUAAAAUUCUAUUUUAAAAAUCCUAUAAAAGUGCAAAAAAACGCAUUUAUCGCGGUCGGGUGUGGAACCAAUUAAGCGCUACAAACGAGGGAGGCUGCAGUACUACUGAAGCUCCUUUUACGGAUUGACGACUUGGGAGUCUUUGUGCACCAGCGCCCUCUGCUGUCAACUUCCUGCAGGUCUGAAACGUUAAUGGACUGCUUGCUGCUUGCUAACGAAUACACGCUGAUACAACACAGUACAUAGCCUUGCUUUGCACAGGCCAUUCAUUCAUGAAGUUGCUUGAUAAUAAGUCACUUAUUAUUCUAAAUGACAUGGCAAUGCUGAAUAAGAGGACAGCAGCAAAAUGUGCAGUUCAAGUUCUUUAUUUGUUUCACCAAACUGAAAAGGAAAAAAAACGUCUUUGUAGAGUAAACAUGUUGUGUCACAAUAACUCCCCACCCCCCGCCCACCAAAAAAAAUACUGAAUUCUAAAGAGUUUCAAUCCAGGACUCCAGCAACAACGCUUAAAAGGUCUGUGGGCGUGGGAAGUCUUUCCAAGUGACAUGGUUUCUCUGCGUGAGUCGAGCGGACCCGUCGCAGGGUCGAGCACAAGUCAGCCUUCCAAAAAGUCGUCUUCAAGUCCAAAACCCCAAACGCGCCUCGCAGUUCUUUGCAACCCAGACGAAGAGCCAAACAGAAAACAGAAAAACCCGCCCACUUCUCGAGGAGUCUGUCAGGUAAACACCAACUUAAAAAAGAACCAAUGAGCGCGAUACAAGGUAGGUAACAGGCGCUGGAUUUGGUUUAGAGGUUACAAAAAGAGGACGUAUAAAUAGACUUGGCAGUAAGUACAACAACGCGCAAUAAAAAUACAGCCGUGUUUGGCCCAUGGAAAAAAGAAAACAUGCAUAUCAAAACACCGUGAAGAUCUCCUAAAGCACCCCUGCUUGGGGCCGUACAAGUUCUUUCGUUUUCUAGGAUAAACAAGUCGUCACUCGUGGAAAAACAUACCUGAUGUUCACUUUUUGGUCCCGUUGCGUCGCCACGUUAAACGUGAGAUGGGACGCUGGAUGUGGUGCUGCUGAUUGUGGGCAGCGCCGGGGGGGGGGGGACAAGAUGUCGUACAACAUAACACUCUAAUGUGCGCUUGUGUGCGUGUGUGUGUGUGUGUGUGUGUGUGUUUGUGUGUGUUUGCGCGAUUGGGGAAACCCUGAUGCGCCGCUUCUUGAGUGCAAAGCGCCCCAACGUCGGGUGUGGUCUGAGGCCCGGAGGGAGCGUCUGUUUGGACGUGGUGGUCGCAGGUGUGGCGGUUAAACGUUUGGUCUCUUUUAAAUAAGGUCACGUGGAGUGCUGGUCCUCAGUAAAGACGCUUCUCGUAACUGUCGAGGUGAGAUCCAAGGAAGACAGUUAGGGUGAUGCAGUGUGCGGCUUCACCGUUAGCAAGGACAUGCAGUUUUUGGCCCCUUUUUCCACUUUUCUCAUUUACCAGGGAUAUGGAAACUUUUGACCACAUUUCCACCAAAAUUACCUGGGUAGAACCAUGACCCUGAUGACCCUUUCAGGUGCAGGAGAAAUACAAACUAGGGAUGCUCCGACGAGGGUUUUAUGCUGCCGAUUCUGAUCCAAAGUCCCUCGACUGCCAGGGGGCCCAAAAAAUAGGUCAUUUUUUAUCAUAUUUGUAAUCAAUUAAUGGUUCGGGUAGCAACGUGAUUUUUUUCCCCCCUGGAUGUACGAAAAACACACUGGACUUACUUUCUGAAGGCAACUCGUCAAACUUCCAGAGGAUGAGACACCUUCUUUAAAAGGAGACUUUGGUGAACUUCCACCGCUGAGAAAGGCUGCUCAUCUCAUUCCGUGAAUUUAAUUAUUCUUAUGAGCUUAUUAGCUAGCCUAGUCAUCUGACCAUCUCACUCACUCACUCACUCACACACUCACACACUCACACACACUCACACUCACACGAGUGAGUGGCUGCGUUAGGUGUCGUUCGCCGUGAGCUGCUGUGAGCCCCCAAACUCUGUCAAGUGUUGGUCUUUAAAUGCCGCAUGAAAGCGUUUUAGUUCAUUUCGGUGGCGCGUGCUAGCAGUUAGGUUCCACACGGCAGACGUGAUUGCUUUUGUUUUGAGGGACAGUGGAAGGACGACGCUCCGCUGCACGGAAGGAUCGCUGCGGCUGCAAAAGUGCUGCCCACGGGUGAUCGGCGUUGGAAGGCAUUUACCGGCACAUGCCGAUCACGGAAAUUGGCCAAUACCGAUCGGUGGGCGAUCUAUCGGAGCAUCCCUGAUACUAACCAAACCUCACCAGGAAUUUUUACCCGGGUAAAAAAGCUCUUGGUUAAAAAUGUUGGUGGAAAAAGGGCAAUUGUGUUAGUUUAUAGUUAGUUUACUGUUCAUGCUGGGGGUGUCCAAAGGUUUUUCCAGCGAGGGCCACGUAGUGACAAAUAAAAGGAUGCAACUACCAACCUACUUUAACAAAAAUUGCAACUUUAUUUUGUUCAUUAUAAUAUUACGACUCAAAGAAAAGUAUAAUGCCUUUAAGAAAAUAACUUUUCUUGAAUAUUUCAACUUUAAAAUUACAUUUUAUUCUCGUAAAAAAAAAAAAUCUUAAUGUUUUCAUGUUUUUUUUCUCUGCAGUUAUUAUUAUUAUUUUUUUUACUAUUUAUUAUUUACUUAAAAUGUACUUUCUUUUUGUAAAUUUUCUUCUCACAAUUAUGACUUUAUUCCCAUAACAUAACUUUUCCCGCGACCGCAUUUUCCCAACAUUGCAACUAUUUGUCGUUUUGUUUCUCGUAAUAUUUUAAAAACUCGUUAAAAAAAACAAAAAACGUCUGUAAUAUUUCAACUUUAUGCUACAAAAAUGUUAUUUUAUAAUUCCAGGACGAGAAAAUGGAAUAUAUACUGUACAUAUAUAUUUAUGUUUAUAUAUAAAGUAUUCCAACAUUA